GGAAGAACCAACCGCAAGCAGUCACGUUACGCAACCGUCUGUCACUCCACAGCUGACAGCGUUUCGUACCGCCUCUUUUAUCCCAUCUACUAAUCCACUAUGAAAAUAUACUCCAUUUCCGUUCUACGUAACGAUGGUGGAUCUGCACAUCCCUUGGCAGCAGAGUACAACCUCGCCGAAUUUGGUUAUUUUCAACGUUCAAGUGUCCAAGAGUUCAUGGGCUUCUUCUCUAAAACCGUCGCUGAACGAACAUUAGCAGGACAACGUCAAAGUGUUGACGAAAGCAACUAUGUCGGACAUGUGUAUGCUAGAGCUGAGGGAGUUGCUGGUGUUGUGAUUACAGACAAAGAGUACCCAGCACGUGUUGCCUUCUCGCUUUUGAACAAAAUAUUGGACGAAUUCAUCAUGCGUUACCCCGUUGAAAAAUGGUCCGGUACCGUUCAAUAUCCCGAACUUGCUGAAUAUCUCAAGAAAUACCAAGAUCCCAAGCAAGCUGAUUCGAUCAUGAAGGUCCAAAGAGACUUGGAUGAUACCAAGGUUAUUCUCCAUAAAACCAUUGAAGGUGUCCUUCAACGUGGUGAAAAGUUGGAUUCUCUUAUAGAGCGAUCAGAAGAACUGUCAAGUCAGUCCAAAGUAUUUUAUAAAACUGCCAAGAAGACAAACUCUUGCUGCGUGGUCAUGUAGUAUAGACCUCGUUAUUGUAUUAUCUACCAAUUUCAUUACUCAAUUUGCUAUAAACUUCUUU